AUGAGUUCGGACAUCACUUUGGACGCCGAAGGAUUCGUCAGGGGCAAGACCUCAAUGGAAGAGAAUGUAAGCGGUAGUAAUGAUAGUUUUACACAAUCCCCCGGUUCUACCAACGAAGAUCGCUCAACCAUUGAGGUGCCUAGUGCGAUGAGAGAGAAUGCAGACUCUCAUAAGCUAGGAUUCGAGGAUGGAGCACCCCUCGAAUCAACGAGACAAGAUCCAGCACCAAAGGGCGACCUCAUCCUCAUCGUAGGACCAUCCAGACAUGAAAUCCGCGUUUACCCCCUCGUUCUCUCCAAUGCCUCUCCUAUCUUCGCCUCAACGAUACCAAGAGCAAACUAUAACAAAGACCCCGCCCAGUCAGAUCCAGCACGCCUUUCCCUUUCAAACGACGACCCCAAGGCCAUGGACAUCAUAUGUCAUGUCCUGCACCGCAACAGCCUGAACGCAGACAUCAGAAAAAUCUCGCCCACCUUGAUCUUAGCUGUUGACAAGUCUGCUGGCAACCCAAAACCCGGCAAACCAAUUGAUGGCCAACCCGCCGACUCCAAGAGAAAACCAAGGGAGGCGACUGAUCGUGAACAAUCACCCUUAAGACAACUACUCUCGACAAUGGCAACGCCUCUUCACAUUGCCGUUCAGCAUGGCCUCGUCGGUGCCGUUGAAGAGCUUCUCAAAGCUGGCGCCAAGCUUGAAACUCGGAACAGCGCAGACUUGACGCCUUUGAUGAUGGCUACUGAGACUGAGCAAGUAGAUAUCAUGGCCCAGCUUCUCACGCCUAGAUCGGGAUAUGAAGGUGUCGCGUCUCAACUAGAGAUGUGCUUCAACACAGGAGAGACUCCUCUCUUAUGGGCAACGAUAAAUGGCUUCUCAGAAGGCGUCAAGCAUCUCAUCGCUGCCGGUGCAGACUGUAACGGCAAGAAUAUUUGCACCGGAUCGACGCCUUUGAUAGAAGCUAGCAUCUGGGGUUACUGGGACAUAGUAGAGAUGCUUCUCGACACCAGUAACCCCAAUGGCCGUGCAGAUAUCGAUCUUCAGAGUGAGAAUGGGGCUACUGCUUUACAUGAAGCAGCCUAUAGAGCGAGUUUUGCGAUUGUCAAUUCGUUGCUGAACGCGAAUGCCAAGUUGAACAUCUUGUGUCAAGAUGGAAACGCCCCUUUGCACAUCGCAACGAACCAAGGCAACGAGCACCUGGUCACAUUACUGGCAGUUUCAAAUGUCGAUGUGACCAACGCAUUCGGACAGACAGCUUUGCAUUUAGGGAGCAACAAUGGAGAUGUGCGUAUUGCUCGGCUACUUUUAGAGGCGAGGGCCACUGCAGAUGCACGCGAUGAAGAUGGCCUCACUCCGCUUCACGUCGCCAUCAAAGCCCUACGAAACGUCCAAAAUGACCUGGCCUUGUAUCAAUCAGGCUUGGGUGAUUUGACGGAGGAAACAAGAAACAUAGCAGAGCUUCACUCCGGUCAGUAUGUGAGUACAAUAGAGCUUCUGCUCUCCGAUGGGGCUGAACCUGGGGCCCGAACCCCCGAGAAUGAGACAGCCCUACAUUUCGCUGUAGCAUGUGGCGAGCUCUUUUCUCUCCAAAUCAUUAUGGAGUACAUGAAGCAGGAAGAUCUGCUGAUCCGUAAUAAGAACGGCCAGACCGCACUUUCCUCUAUCCUCAAGCUUAAAGGACAAAGGCGAGCUACCGCGAUGAGAACCUUUCUUAAGUUGGACUCCCCGAAGAUUGACGAGUUCGACCAAGAAGAUACGUGGGAACAUGCCCUCUAUUGGGCUGCAAACGAUCCUAAGUUACACGACAUCGUGCGACUGAUUUUGCAACACAUGACCCGAAUGGAUACUACACUACCACCUGGCUCUGAGAACCGGAACGCAAUCGGUUGGGCAGCAAACCUACAGCUUCCCCGAUUACUUAUACUACUGAUAUCAAGAUCACCUGGGACUGUUGAAGCCACAAAGGCGCUGGAGUCAGUUCUGGCGUCUAACUUGGAGUUGGUAGAGGACCCUGGUAGCAAAGACUCUAUUGGCGAACUUCCCCUUGUGAUAUGGCUGUUCAUUACUGCUUCUUCGCGAAACCGCGAAAUGCAAAAUAAUUUGAUAGCAGCCUUGAAUACACUAGAGACCCUAAUCUCCAGGAUCAGGUCACGAAAAAUGGACCCUAGAAGCAAUGCCGGAGGAAAUGAAUAUCUGGACGAGGACCAAUAA